UAAACAACAUAUCGUUGUUUGUUUCAUUGUUUCCGUCGAAUGGCGCAGAAGAAACCGGCGUUUCGUUUUCGUCUUCCAUGGCUGCAGUUUGGAUCAGCUCCCCGUCCGACUUCCCGGCCGGCGUCUCAGCCGGCUAGAACCGCCGCAAGUACUCCCUUUCUCAGUGCAAUCUCCGAAAGUAAAGCUGGGAAUCCACCUGUUGCGUCACGAGGAUCGUCUUCAACUUCCCAAACUCAGGCUAAACCCUCGUCGCCGGCUCGUGCAACUGAACUUCCGGUUACAUCGCAACCGGCAUCACCGUCUUCUCCGACGGAACUCCUUGUUACAUCGCAGCCAACAUCGCCGUUUCGUGGAAUUGAACUCCCUAUUUCAUCUCGACCAACAUCACCAGUUCCUGCAACUCAACCUGCAUCACCACCCCGUGCAAGUGUAACAGAACCUCACGUUACAUCUCAGGCAAUUGAGCCUAGCGCAAUUGAGCAACGUGUUGCAUCUCAAUCAUCAUCACUAGGUGCAACUAAGCCCCAAGUUACAUCUCAACCAGCAUCACCACCUCGUGCAAUUGAAUCCCGUGUUACAUCUCAGCCAGCAUCAUCACCUCGUGCAACUGAACCUCAGGUUACAUCUCAACCAGAAUCACCACCUCGUGCAAUUGAACCCGAAGUUACUUCUCAACCAGCAUCACCACCUCGUGCAAUUGAACCCGAGGUUACAUCUCAGCCAGCAUCACCACCUCGUGCAAUUGAAUCCGAAGUUACUUCUCAACUAGCAUCACCACCUCGUGCAAUUGAACCUGAGGUUACAUCUCAGCCAGCAUCACCACCUCGUGCAAUUGAACCCGAGGUUACUUCUCAACCAGCAUCACCACCUCGUGCAAUUGAACCCGAGGUUACAUCUCAACCAGCAUCACCACCUCGUGCAAUUGAACCCGAAGUUACUUCUCAACCAGCAUCACCACCUCAUGCAAUUGAACCCGAGGUUACGUCUCAGCCAGCAUCACCACCUCGUACAACUGAACCAUCUCAGCCAGCAUCACCACCUCAUACAACCGAAUCUAAUGUCACAUCUCAGGAUUCUCAGCCAACAUCACCACCACAUGCAACUAAAUCUCAUGUUAUGUCUCAACCAACAUCACCAUCUCAUACAAUCGAACCUCAUAUAACAUCUCAACCAAAAUCACCACUUCUUACAACUAAACCACAUGUUACAUCCCAACCAGCAUCACAAUAUUCCAGUCCAUCUCGUCCUGCCACUCCAUCACCUCCUAUUGCUACUUCCUCUCCCACAACUAGCAAUGCUUCCCAACCAACCUCACAACCCCAAUCCCCUUCAAGUUUGUCAUCUCCUACUGCAGGGCAGACAUCCUCAACCUCUACAACUGAGACAACAUCUAAGAUGCAACCAACAACAGAGGUCAGUACCCAGCCAACAUCACCAUCAAAGAUAGCAGAAGAGACAUUAAAGCCAUCUCCCAAACCAACUGAAACCCCUGAGCCAUCCAAGCCCUUGGGAGAGUUGAAGUCUCUGGAAACCAAGGAAGAGAUGCAGAAGACAAGACACAGAGAUCAUUCUAAAGCAAAGCAGAUAGAUAAACAAAUGCUAUCUGCAAAAGAACAGCCAACUAAAGGGCAGACAGACAAGCUCAAGCCUUCUGCAAAAACGUCUCAGCCGAGGAACAAAAGAGUGAUCAGUGAUAGCCAUUUUAAACCCGAAACUCCCCAUGAACACCAUCUUCCUUUGCAGAAAGAGAUCAAAGAUAGCAUCUUGAAUCUAGUUAACAAGAAGACAGCUGCUGGAGGUUCAAAGUGUCGCAUGGAUGGGAGGCCAGUGAAUAUGAUAACCCUUGCAGGUAGAAACACCGGGGCAUCAAUGCAACGCGCCUCUGAUCCAAGCAAAGACGAGGGGUCUCUCCACAUUCGUCGAGGCUACAGAACAAAUCCUGAAGCAAGUUCUGAGGCAACAACCGAUUCUGCAGAAAGUUCCCGGGGAAGAAGAAAAUCAAAGGACACAAAAACUGUGGAUGACCAAUCUAUGCAGGUGUAUGCAAACAGCAAUGUGCAGUGCAUCAACAACUCAGUUCUGUCAGACAGUUCGACAGUGGAAAGAAGCCCCGGUGUACAUCUCCAAAUCCCACGCUUUCCAAACGACCAAUAGGAGGAUGCCAGUGAUCCAUGGAUAUGAAGAACUUGCUAUGUAUAAUAAGAGUGCAUGAUAGAUGCUUUUAAGCAAACUAGCUGAUUUGAGAGAAGUGGAAAUAUAUCACUCUGUGAAUAAAAGGAGAGAGAGUUACUUUUUUUUUUUCUUUAAACUGAAAAUAUUAUACAGAUUUAAAGAAGUUGAAAGUCUGAA